UCGAAGGGCAGGCUUUCAAUGCUCUGUACUGCUGUGUGGUAAUGUGCAAGUCGAGAGCAGAAGGACAACACAUAAUUGUUAUUUAGUACAGAUGCUUAUGCAUAUCACUGCCAGCGGAGUGGAAUUGUGACUAAACCGACAUGUUUACAUCAACAAGACAUUCUAGUACCUUUGCAGGCGUCAAACUCCCUUUGUGCAGGCAUAUCCGCCUUUCUGCAGCUAGGCGCAUUACGCUUAAAAGGGACGAAAGACAAAAGGAGGCCCUGCAGAAGCGAGUGCACAAAUCCAGAAGAUGUAGACAUGCAGCUGCCAAAGCAACGGCGCAGGAGCCUUUGGAAGCUGAAGUGGGGGACAGAAAACAGGAAGCAGCUUUGGUGGGCGAGGACGCGGCAUACUUUGCGGUUGAGGAGCAGAGCACAGGCAAAUGGGUGUUUUUCACGGCAGAGUUGGCUAUAGUCCUAAGCAUCAUGUAUGUGGUGUGGAUUGCCCCAGGCACAGGGCUGGCAAACAACUUCUUGGAGCAGCUUGAAAGCAUCUCCACAGACUCAACCUUCCUCAUGAUGGCCAUCUUUGCCGUCUUUGCAGUCGUGCACAGUGGCCUGGCGUACCUGCGUCCCUCUGGCGAGAAGCUAAUUGGCGCAAGGGCGUUCCGGGUCAUCUUUGCUGCGAUCAGUCUGCCACUGGCGACGGUGGCGCUGGUGCACUUCAUCAACCACAGAUAUGAUGGUCUGCCGCUGUGGAAUCUGCGCGGUCAGCCCUUUGUGCACGAGCUGGUGUGGACGCUCAAUUUUGUGUCCUUCUUCUUCCUCUACCCCUCCACCUUCAACCUCCUGGAGGUGGCGGCAGUGGACGAGCCGAAGCUGCACCUGUGGGAGACGGGGGUCAUGCGCAUCACACGGCACCCGCAGACAUUUGGGCAGGCGCUGUGGUGCCUCGCGCACACGCUGUGGAUCGGCUCCAGCUUCAUGGUGGCCACGACUGGCGCCCUCAUGGCGCACCACCUCUUCUCCUGCUGGCACGGCGACUUCCGCCUGCGCCGAAAAUACGGCGAGGCAUUUGACGCGGUGAAGGAGCGCACAAGCAUCGUCCCCUUCCAGGCGAUCUGGGAGGGGCGACAGAAUCUGCCCAAGGAUUAUUACAAGGAGUGGCUGCGGCUGCCCUACUUCACUAUCACUGCAGUCACCCUCGGGGCAUACUGGGCCCACCCGCUCAUGCAGAGCGCCUCGCACUGGCUGAACUGGUAG